AUGUCCUGCCAUGGGCCAGGGGACUUCCCGCCCUUCAUGCCUGGUGUCUUCAACUUCUUCGGCCUUCCAAGAGAGAUCCGCAACAAGAUAUAUGAAGAGCUCGUCGUCGCUCUUCGUUCUCCUGGAGAUUGUACCGAGUACGAAAAGCUUGCUGCCUCACGUCAUGAACCGGAUUCCGAGCGUAAACGCUUCAAGCGCAUGGACGAGCUCGACGUACGUCUCAUGGUCAAACCUGGCCACAGCGAACAAGACGGCACCACUGGUUUCCAGCCCCUCCUUGACGUCCAUGGAAUGUCCCUCGCCAACAAACAGGUCAACCGGGAGCUCAUGACUACUCUUUUCUCCAAGAACCGCUUCUUCCUCUCUGUCGACGACAAACACCCCUACUGGGUCCCUGGUCAGUUUCUCCGGGCAAUCAUGGCUCCAAACCACCUCGCUCAGAUCAAACAUCUCUACAUCGACGUUGACACCAAACUUCAACCUUACGAAGCCGACUAUCGCAAGGGCGUUAUUGUCGUGAACUACAGUAUGCAUCACAUCGUCAAGACUCUGAACUCUGUUGGAAAGGGUCUCAAGUCUCUGACUGUCAACCACAUCUCUUGCUAUCGCGGAGAGAUUGAAGAGCUUCGUCGCGACGCCGACAUCUUGGCCACUCGCAAGCAUGUCCGCAACAUUCAAGUCAUGCGUCCCGAUCAUGAUAUCCAGGAGCUAGACAGCAAAGGCAUCAAGGAAUUCUUUCUCCACAGCAACAACAUCGCCAAUGCCAUUGGCCAGCUCACCAUCCCUGUCAAGAAAUUCCGCAUGUUUGGCGACGUGUCCGGAAAUGACAUUCAGCGCUUGUACCACAAGUUCGGCGUCAUUGACGACCAUGUGGACGAGCACGAAGACAACCGCGACGAGAAUGGUCAGAAGCGCGAUUGGAUACAACUGGUAAUGGAGGACAUGGCUGCUGCUCUUCCGGGCCUACAGGAUGCAACCGCUCAAGCCCAUCUUUACGCCAUACGUCCAGUCAUGACUGUCGCAGUCGGCCGCGUUGAUGGAGGUGCCAUGCUUUUGGGUUCACCUGACGGUGCCCCUCCAAUCAACAUGCCUAAUGGCUGUUUCGGUGGUGCUGUUCCUCUUAUCUACCCCCCUCGUUGAUUUGAAGAAGGCACUCCCUUCUGUCGUUAUCUGGGAUUCAAACUCGGAUGAGCUUAUGAGUCAGGUAACGCUAUUCUGUUG